ACUUGCACCGUGCACUUUCUCAAAAAAAGUCGCUUGACUCCGGGUCCAAAGGAGAGGCUAUUACUCAUUGUCGUGACACAUACUCCCGUCACUCAGCUUGUCCGGAAUUCUUGUAAAAAGCGCCACAUAUGCAAAGAGAUGAGAAGCCAUAGCUGCUGAUUUGGUCCAUAGACUUGAGAUAUUUGGCGGUUUUCUGAGCUCUCGUUUGGGUAUCUGGCAAAAAAAAGGACUUCUACUUUUCUGCAACAAUUGAAUGUAACAUUGCUCAGAUAAGGAAGGCAGGGAAUUAAAAGCCAUCAUCAUGAAUUUCGUUAUGAAGCAAGCGUUGGGAGGGGCCACCAAAGACAUGGGAAAGAUGCUUGGUGGAGAGGAGGAGAAGGAUCCCGAUGCUGCGAAAAAAGAGGAAGAAAGACAAGAGGCGCUGAGGCAACAAGAGGAGGAGAGGAAGGCCAAAUAUGCAAAAAUGGAGGCAGAGAGAGAAAACCUCCGACAGGGCAUCAGGGAUAAGUACGGCAUCAAGAAGAAGGAGGAGAAAGAAGCCGAGGCAGCGGCUGCUAUGGAGCAGGCCUCCGAGGGCAGCCUCACCCGUCCGAAAAAGGCCGUUCCCACCGGCUGCGGCGACGAGGAAGAAGAGGAGAGCAUCGUGGAUACGGUCAUGAAAUUCAUCCCGGCUCCGCUCAUGGAUAUGUUCAAUAAAAAGUAACAGUGUUCUGGGUGAAAUUUGGUUAACUUCUUACAACGCUCAUCUAACCAAGACUAAAAACCGUAUCACCCUGCCCCCCCUCCGCCCCAAACCUGCAGUCUCACCUUUUUUCUUCACCUCUUCACCCUCCCACCCCGCAAACUCAACUUCUAAGUGUCCUGGAUAUAACGUGCCAUGAUUUUAUCCUUGAUUUAAAAACAUAACUGAUCUCUGAUGGUGGUACUUACUUUUUUUUGCUGAAUCUCGUAUGUUUCUUGAGAAUCUUUGGUUAUAAAAAAAGUACGUAACACCUGCACUGAUCCAGUAUCUUUUACUUCAAGGUAAAUUUCAUGCCAUGUUUUUAAAAUGUCCAGCACAAUAAGACCAGAUAUCACCCAUCAUCCACCCUUUUUUUGUUUGUAAAUAGCCUCGGGUUAUACAAAAAGAGAACUAUAUAUGAGUGAAAUAUGACAUAUAACAAGAUGACUAAGAGUAAAAGCCAUAUUUUUAACUUUUAAGAAAUUAUCCAAAUCAUAUCAAAAUUUGAUUGAAUUUUUCCUUUUGUGUUCUUGCUAAUAUUUGAUACAUACAGUGUAUAUAAAUACUUAAGUUUUUAUCGGUUCUCCGUUGUGAGGAUUCACCCCAUAAACUGUCCCUCAUGUUCUCAUUGGUUUACUGUCAAUAUGUAAAAUGAGCACUGGUGAAGUCAAAACAGCACUUGUAAAACCAGAAAGUGAAGGAAUUAAUUUGAAAUGAGACAUUAUUUUUUUUGAUUAAUUUGUGUUCUUUUAUGCAUGCAGUAAACUUUUGUGAAGUGAAGUACACAUAUGGAUACCAUUUCAUUUGUUAUGAUGAAGCAAAAUACAUCGAUAUUUGAGGCAAUAACUGGUUUUCCAUUUUUAUUUAAUCGACAUCUUGUCCACCAUGUACAGCAGGCGACGAUUGACUUUGUGUCUAAAAUGUUCUUCCAUGGGGAAAACCGUAAAUGUUCUCCAUACAUUAAGUUUGUCUCAACAUAAAUUCUUAUUAUAAAUUCACUUGCUAUACAUGUUUGUGGUUUAAACAUUGAGUUGUUAAUGUCCUGUGGCAGAUGUCACCCACUCUGCUUUUGCAAUAGGACAUGUAAAGUUAAGGCCAUGCUACUUUAUUUUGAUUUUUGUUAACAUUUCCACCAUUUUAUUUGUAUAAAAGAAAAAGAAGUUUCACAAACACAAUGAUGUUGUGAACACACUCUAUGUGAACAGACAGUGACAAUAGUGCAAUAUAUUGUUUGAAAUGAAGUUGUCCUGUAUCCGUUGGUUUAACCGAUGUGAAGUCCCAAAUCAGCAAUAACAGACAAUCUUCAUUGUUGCGUGUUUAAACUUACUCCUUAAUGUGUUAGUCGAUGUUAAAGACGCAAAUGUGUCUGCAUAGUGACAGUGAAGCCUUUGUAGGUCAGACAUAUUUGAUUAAACAAGAGAAAAAGGGGGGAAGGUGGGACGAUUUGUUUUGUGUCAUUAAAAAAAAAAAGUCCAGUCACACGUUACAGAAUGAUGAAUACAACCAGGAUUUGUGUUCAGAAUCACAAACCGAAAUGUAAAUCAGUCAGCAGGUGUUCAAAGACAAGCAACACAUGCAGAGAAAUGUGCUGAAAUAAUGAGGGAUUUUUUUUUUAAAGCCCUGACAGCUCUGCAUGACAGCUCCAUGACUGUGCAAAAGCAAAUGUUUACCUGCUCUGCAGAGUUCAGCCUGUCCUGCAGGCAAAUUACUAAAAUGGCACAAUUAUAGAGGCGGUCAGACGAGGAUAAAACUCCAAUUCUUCUCCAUAUGCCUUGUUUUUUAUUUCUCCUUCAUUCCACAGUGUCUUGUUAAUACAUUCCAGAUAUUUCAGACAUUCCACCAGACUUGUGCUGGUAACACACAAACUUCGAUAUGUAGGCCUCAGUCAAUGCCUUCGUUAGCCUACAGAUUAUGUCACAAAUGUAUAACUUAAUGCUGAUGUUGUUAUAACCCAGAAAACUAUAUGCUAGAAUGAAUCUACUAUACACGAUGAUUCAUGGCAUGACUGCGAGUUAUUUUAUCUGCCAUGUACAGAAAAAGAAAAAAAAUCCCACGUGAAGUCUAAGGGGAAAGCAUAAAUGUGCAAUUAGCAAGUGACCAGUUUUAAAGUGAUGAAUCGUGUGGUAAAUUUUGAUAGAAAAUGUUUUUUGUGAUCCACAUGCACACAGUAGCUGUAGGCGCAAAAUUAAGGUUUUCUGAAACAGCUUUUUGCCACAUUGUCACCGUUUUUAUUGAGCUAGCUAAACACGAGAUAAACACUAAUUCUGAAAUCGUGCAUUCCUGUGGCAUAGACGAGGGAAAUCUAGCUUUCUAUCAGCGCUUAGUGAUAAUGGUGAAUAAUACGAUAUAUUUAAAAAAUCAUUCAAAAAGGGCACAGUGUGGUGAAGUCGCCUGUAGAGCACAUUUAUUGAACUUCCUUGUGAUUUUACUGUACUUGUAAACUGCCUUCGCCGGCCUCUGUUCAGAGUGUUAGCAGAUAGUUUAGCGACCGAUAGUUAUUCGCCGUUAGGACACCAUGCAUCAACAAACACUCACAACCAUUAUAACAAGAGCAGUUAUCCAAUCGAACCAAAGAAUAGUGCUGGUAGGGUUAGGGGUUAGGGUCAUUCUUUAUUUAUUUUACAGCAUAUUUCGUUUAUUUGAAAUUCUCAGGUAUUCUAGCUUUAAGUUUUAGUUGAAGUUUAGAUUUUUCUUUUACCAUAACUAGCCUUCAAUUAGCAUAAUUAGCCUUCUCUGCUAAAAACAAACUGAACGAUUACAUGGCUAGGGGCCUUGCAAUCUCACAGACAUUUUUAUUUAUGAAUGACAUAUCUCUUGUUUGGCCCAAGGAUAAUCUAGACAGCUACAAUUACUGCCCAGUCAACACUGAAUAGGAUUUUCCAAGCGACAAACACUUCAGUGUGUGGACUUCUUCAGACCGCCAGUGAGUCUUUUCCCAAACUGGUGCGCUCUGAUAUCAGAUCACCAUUAAACAUCUCAUCCAACACCAUCAUAAAACCAUUUAUCAUCAUCUUGUAAAUGCUGAUUGAUUGCGCUGCAAAUGGCUUACAGAUCACUGCCCAAACAAACUGCCCAAAGUCAUGCGUAAUCAAUAUUUUGUCGUCCAGUAGACGCCGCGUGUACUUCAGUGUUCAUUUUUGGAAGUCAAGUCAUUUGUGCCGCUCAUACAACCAUUAAUAUGAUUAAAAAGAAAACUGUCAUAAAAUAUGCCACUUAAAAAUAAUACUCCUGUGAUGUGACUUGAAUGUAACUGUCUAAUGUUUCUGUCUUCUUGCAUCUGUCUUUCUCUGUUCUGUAUGUGUUGAGAAGAUGCUUACAAUGGUGCAGUAUUUUUACUUUCUCGUCUGUGGCCGGUCCUGUUUCUGUCCUCUGGUGGUUGGUAAUUUUUGAAGAAGAUAAAACAAAAAAACAAAAAAAACAUGUUGAUUUGUUGCAUUCUUUUGUACGAAAUCUUCUCACCCUUCUCCCUCCUUUUCUCUCCCUCUCCCCAAAUCUCUCUCUCUCCCUAUUUGCUGACAAAAAUGUAUGCAUGCUUAUGGUGUGCGAUGUAGGCCAGGUUGUUGAUAUAAUCGUUUUGUGUCCUCUAUGUGUUUCAAAGCUCCACCUGUUAGCCUCACUGCAUGCCAUUUUAGACAGAUAUUUCAGUCUGUAACUUUCCUGCAAAAAUGGAAUCACCGCACACUCUGAGAAUAAAGUGAU